CGUUUCAGCUGUAUUCGUCUUCAUCUUUCAGAUCUUCGUGUUUGCACACCACACAGAUCAAUUGCGCAUCUCUCUCUCUCUCUCUCUCGAUCAUGGAUCCCCAGAGAGCUUACUCUCUUUCCUUCCUGUUCAUCCUCUCUCUUCUCUCUCUACACUCCAAGGUGAUUUAUGGUGAUUCCUCGGUUCUUUUCCUCGAUAGUCCUACUCGCCAAUAUCUUCGCCUUUCAUCAGAUCAGACUGUUUCUCUUUCUCCAUCCGAAAUUGGUGCUACUGCAUCAGUGUUGCUUGGUUUUGCACCCCCUUCUACACUCUCUGCUGAUAGCUCAUCCAAGCUGAAUGAGGUUCUUGCGCCCAACCCAUUUGAUAGGCCCGGCGCCUUGUUGAUGGUUGAGGUUACAGGAGCUGAAGAUUCCCAGCUUGUUGGCCGCUCAGAUAAAUCUCCAUCUAGUAGCACCCUGAAGAUCAAGGUUGAAGGUACAGAAAGAGUGGACAUUCAGCUUCCAGGUGAAGAUGAAUUUUCAAUGGUGUCCCUGAACGAAGUCUCAAGCAAUGCUGAAUGUUCAGACAAAGAACUGAGUGAUUAUGCAUCCUGGUUGGGUGGAUCAUAUGUUGAAGAUGCAUCCCAAUCACUGAGCGGGGAGCUACUCAUUCCCAUUUCUAAUGGUGCCUUUAUGAGACUUGAUAUGUCAGAGAGAGCUGACAGAGAAUUCGCAACAAGUCUCGUAAUGCUUAUUAGUAAUAUGAAGAAGGCUAUGGAGUUGCAUCGAGUAUUGACAAAAAGUGAACGCAAUCCUGCAGAGCUUAUGACAGGCAGAUUUGAUGGAAUCAAGGCUUUACAAGAUCGCUAUGGAAGGGACGAAAUUGCUCAAAAUGGAAUGGAAGUAUUUGUCAAUUCCAUAUCGAAGAUGCUUGACUCUUUGCAGGAAGCAUACCAAGGGAAAAUUGUUGGAGUCAUUGCCCACAGGGGCUGGGUUGAUGCAGAGCAAGAGAAUAUGUUCCAUUUCACAGUAAAUACUCGAUCAUCUGCACGUUCGCUGCAGCAAACAAAACUCUCACCUGGGAAGAUCAUAAUUGCAGAAAUAGCGUUUGUUAGACUUACCUUGGCCUGGAUAACAGGGAUCAUUCUUCUUAUUGCCACUAUUUUGGGGAUCUACUUUCUUCUCAACAUGUCAAUCACCAAGGACACCCUUUUAUAUUCGAAUGUCAAGCUCGACUAAUAUCAGCAAAGUAAUGAUUUACAUUUAUCACUGAAAUCUGGGAGGCGCUCGCUGUCUGCUAUGAAACACGAUGCUGUCUGUGCGGAUCAGUCGUUUUGCUUGUGAUUUAUUUUGUUGUUAUGCAGCUUCAGAAGCUUCUUUUUUGAUUGAUUAUUUAGUGGGUAGCUCAUAAAUGUAUCUGUCCUUGGGAGUUAUUGAGAAAUCGGAGAGGAAGUCUAUUUAUUAUGUUUUGGUUUUGUAAUUAUAUUUGUAUUGUGCCUGUAGCCAAUAAAGGCAUGAAUCUCAUGCUCUACUUGGAUA